GUGUAUCUGUCCGGUUACGAGGACCAUCAAGUUCCAAUGGUAAUGGUCGUGUGGAAGUAUUCUACAAUGGACGAUGGGGGACAAUUUGUCAUUAUAAUUGGGACAUAUGGGAUGCUAGGGUUGUAUGUCGUCAACUUGGGUAUGGAAAUGCUGUUAGAGCUCUUCGAGGGUAUCGUCCUCAUGGAACAGGUCAGAUAUGGUUAAGUUAUGUCGGUUGUACUGGAAAUGAAGAAAAUCUAAUCAGUUGCUCUCAUAAUGGAUGGGGAAAUCACAAUUGCGGGCAUUACGAGGACGCAGGAGUAGAAUGUUCUGGAAAAGGUAAAAAUUAUAAGAUUCUUCUUAACCACUGGUAUGAAACCGUGUCACUGACAUCAUGUUUCACAUGCGUCCUGGUAAGUAGAACAUGAGCAAUAGAACGCGCUGACAGCAAUGCAAUAGUAAGAAAUUACAUUGUAUAUUAUAUAAGUAUAUAACACCUUAUUGUUAUGUAUGGGUGAACACCAAAUGUGUAGGCUGAUUUGUGGACACGUGACUUUAGAUAAAUGCAAUGUAUCCAUAGUCUUUCGAGACAUAGUCUGGAAACUCAACUGAGGCGUACUUAAGCCGUGCACAUCCUUUGUUCAGUUUAGGUUUAUUAAUAUUUAAAUAGCAUGGUUGAAUGAGUGAAAUGAAACGUUGCUAUUGGAUGAUUCGUUCAUUGAACUGAAAUUCAAUGUGUUCAUUGACCGUGCACCGUGCACAAAACUGCAUAAACGCGAACAAAAAGAUAGAACAAAGACUUUGGCGGAGUUUCCGAACCAUGUUUUGAAAUACUAUGAUCCCACCGGGCAACAAGCGAAAAUUGCAAUUGCCCGCCCGACCCUAGAUACUGUACAUAAAUAAACAAAAUGGCGGCACAACUCGGAAGUUUGUGAACAACGAGUUUCCAAAUUUUUGUUAAAAUAAAGCUGCAUUUAAAAGAGACGAAAAAUACACAACAAGCAACAGGAUAUGCCGAUGAUACCUUCUAAACUUAACAGAUUGUUUUAAUUUACAUUCGUUUGAACUAUAGGGUUUUUGUCAUGAAAUACAAUUGUUGUAGGAAUGUCGUUGAUUUCGUCCAGGGAAAUAUUCAUCUGCGCCUCAAAACAAAACUAUUUUCCUAGGGAGAAGACGUUAAGCGGUCUAUACAUGCAGUACUGUCAGUAACUUCGUUUAUACAAGCAACAAAAUUACAAGUAAUCGCUACAUUUUUAAGUAACUGUAACGGUAACUAUAGUUAAUAGUUCUACGUUUUGAAAAGUGAUAAUUGUAAAAACGCGUUAUCUUUAGGACCAACCUUCAAGUUACAAUUUCACGUUAAUAUUUAGUGCUUGGUAUUUUGUUUAUACGUCUAUAAACUUCUAUUACAUUAAUGUCGUCAAUUUUUAUUAUAAUGGCGACAUACUAAAUUCGUAACAACGUACCACCGACGCCGUCGUUCUUCAAUUUGAUUGGAAAAACUGAUAUCACAAACAACGAAAAUCUGUAAAUCAAGUUUCUGAAUCAACUCAAUUUUAUCUGCCACGAACAAGCAAGAUGUUUUAUCUCUGUGGGCUGUAUAAUUAAGCUAUAAUUAGCCUCAACGAAUUUGCGUUGUUAUUUCAGAUUUUAAUCCCUUGUGUCAUUUCUUGCGGUACCUAUUACAAAUUAUUUGUGCAACAAUCGCAUUCUGAGAUUAUAAUACAUCCUUCGACCUAAACAGGAUGAUAUAAUUAUGUGCACCUAUGUUAAGUAUGCAUGAAAAAAUACAUUGGCAUUGCGUCAGGUGUUUGUAUAUCACAUUUUUAUAGCUCAUUUUUAUAGCUCAGAUUUCAAAUUUGUUUUACAUCAAGUAUUAUAUGCUUAUUCUAAUAUGCUUAGCCUGCUAGACUAUUUUAUUUUUUACAACAAUUGUGAUUCAUACAUAAUUACUUUCUGAAAUGUGUUUAUCCCAUAGAUAUCCUAUUCCUUUCCUACCCUGUGGGAGGAAACCGGAGCUCCCGGAGAACUCACAAUUUUCGGUUUCGGCAGAACUUUGACUGAAUCGUAAAACUAUCAUUUCACACGAGUUGGCAAUCAGAUAAUCGAACCCACGAUCUCAUCAGUGAAAGGCGCUUGGUCUAACGACUGCGACAUUGAAGUUUGAAUGGAAAUAAAAAAUAAACUUACUAUUUUUAUUUGUAUACAUUGGUACGUGUCAAAACUGCUUUAAAAAAGGUACCGAAAACUGGAUUACUUGGGGUCAUUAAUUUUGGCCGUUAAUUUCUGGCCAUAUAUAGGCGGGUCUAUCUUGUGAAAGUUCGAACUGGCUGAGAAUUUAAAAAGUCGAAUGUUUGUAAUUAUACUGCGGUUUAUCACUAUCAGGUGCUAUAUAUGCGGGACAAAAAGGUGCAUAUUACUGUGUCUCGCUAUGUACCUGUUUUUUCUUUUAAUUGGUCAAAUAUUUACAGAUAUAUCUGUCAGAUUACGAGGACCAUCACGUUCCAAUGGUACUGGUCGCGUGGAAGUACUUUACAAUGGACGAUGGGGAACAAUCUGUGACAAUUCUUGGGAUAUAAACGAUGCUAGGGUUGUUUGCCGUCAACUUGGAUAUCAAUAUACUGUUAGAGCUCUUCGAGGGUACGAAGUUCCUGAUGGCACUGGACAGAUAUGGCUAAAUUAUGUCAGAUGUACCGGAAGGGAACGAAAUUUAAUCACUUGUCGUAAUAACGGAUGGAGAAAUCAUACUUGCGGGCACUACAAGGACGCAGGAGUAGAAUGUUCUUCAACAGGUAAAAUAAUUAUAUUGUUUUUUAUUAUAUUCAUUAUAAAAUCAAAAGUGUUCUUGAUUCGGUCAAAUAUUUUUCAUAAAUUUCGUAACAAACAAAAUGUUUUGGCAAGUAAAAUGUGUAUUUGUGCUUCAAAAAGCAUUUUUCAAGCAUAUUCUUAUUGUAGAAUGAUCACUAAGAAAAUAAAGUAUUUCAAUAAUUUAAAUCUCUCAUUUGAAGAAGAAUGUUAACAAAAUACUAGAAAAUACAUGCAUGCAGAAACCCUCGCCUUGCUGACAAAACCAUUUUAUUUUCUGAACGUGAAGUAUUUUAAGUAGUUGUCAUGGUAACACGAUAAUUUUUUAAGAAUAUUUUUACAAAUGAAAAAUCCCCUAUAAAUAUCAGUAUCACUUUUAAUUACAAAAUUAUCAAUUUCCUAAACAUAUAUAUGUUAGGUAUGUUAUUAUACGUAAUAUAAGCUUGAAUUUAAGGUAAAAUUCAACCACAAACGCUUCGCAAAACGUUUUAAAAUGUUCUUUUACUAUAGAACUAAACUGCCUUUAUCGAUAAACUUUGAGUUCGAAAUAAAAUGAUUCCAAAUUCUCCCAUGCAAAUAACUUUGCUUAGUAUAAUAAAAAGUGUAAUCAAUAAAGAAACACUGACAUAAUACGCUGUCUUGUUUCAUAUUGAUACACAUCGAUUGGCUUUUAAAGUAAUUACAGUAGGUAUGUUAUUAUACGUAAUAUAAGCUUCAAUUUAAGGUAAAAUUCAACCACAAACGCUUCGCAAAACGUUUGAAAGUGUUCUUUUAAUAUAGAACUAAACUGCCUUUAUCGAUAAACUUUGAGUUCGAAAUAAAAUGAUUCCAAAUUCUCCCAUGUAAAUAACUUUGCUUAGUAUAAUAAAAAGUGUAAUCAAUAAAGAAACACUGAAAUAAUACGCUGUCUUGUUUCAUAUUUUAUAUAUACAGUACGCAACGAUCGGCUUUUAAAGUAAUUACAGCCGAGAUUACAGUAUAUUAAAAGCGAACAAUGCAUCAAUAUUUAAAACAAACUUACCUUCGUUAACGUCGGCACCUUUACUUCCUUCUUUUAGCAAUCCUCUUGCCUUUAUUUCAUCAAAAAUCCUUUGCAAUUUACAAAAUCUUGCAAAAAUGAAAUAUAUUUGCAAGAAAUCAUCAAAUCAAUUUCGCUGUCGUCAACAGGGUUGGUAGGCUUUUGCGCAUGCACAAAGCCAAAUGACCUUUAAAAAAAGGCCAAAUGCUACUAAAUAAGGCCAAAUUUCAUUUUUUUGAAAAAAGCCAAAAAAGAGCCAAAUCUUAUCGACUUUGCAGUAUGUUGACAGAUAAAAAUUUUAAAUUUUAAAGCAAAUUUUGUCGUUUUUUCGGGAAGGACCUCUGCGAGGACAUAGCUACCAUGUUGUGAUUGGUUAGUUUUUGGCUUUACGAUUGGCUGAAUUUCCUGAAAUCUUACUGAGUGUCAAUAAAAUUAGGUUAUCUCUGUCAACGAUACCCAAUUUUUACAUUCUUACAUGUUGCUUUAUUGUUUAACAUUCCGGCACAAUAAAUUAUACUAAAAAAUAGUGAAAAUUCCUGUCACUUGAUAAAAAAGCCAAAAUAGAGCCAAAAGGCCAACCAUUUUUUUCAAGGCCAAACAAGAAAUAAAAAAAGCCAAAAUCGAGUUAUUUGGCCGCAAAAAGGCCAAGUUACCAACCCUGGUCGUCAAUCGUCAUGCAGCCGUUAUAAUGCCAAUUUUAAAUUGGACCAAUCAGUGUUGGCUAUUCAUUACAGUCCGCUAUAUUAUGAGAUCAGUGAGGAUGACCACCCACCGAAACACGCACAGUGACCCACGCCCGCGAUAUUUGAUGAACUUUAGACUUCGCUAAUGCUUCCCUUCCCCGGGUGUAAAUAGCCGGGGGGAAUUAGUACCCUCGCACGGUGCUUCGCGCCGUCGGCUCGGGGAUAAUUAUAUUCAACAACAAUAAUUAUAUUCAUAUUCAACAAUAAACACAUAUGAAAUAUAUUUAUUCAACUUCAACCUAAAAUAAUUAUAUUCAACAACAAUAAUUAUAUUCAUAUUCAACAAUAAACACACGAAAUAUACUUAUUCAACUUCAACUAUGAACAUAUUCAUAUUCAACACGAAAAGUUUACAUUCUUAUUCAAUGUUGAAUAUAUAAAUGCGAAAUUCUGUUGAAUACAUAAAUGCGAAAAGUGUUGCAUAUAUAAAUACUAGAAAAUACAUGCAUGCAGAAACCCUCGCCUUGCUGACAAAACCAUUUUAUUUUCUGAACGUGAAGUAUUUUAAGUAGUUGUCAUGGUAAUACGAUAAUUUUUUAAGAAUAUUUUCACAAAUGAAAAAUCCCCUAUAAAUAUCACUUUUAAUUACAAAAUUAUCAAUUUCCUAAACAUAUAUAUGUUAGGUAUGUUAUUAUACGUAAUAUAAGCUUGAAUUUAAGGUAAAAUUCAACCACAAACGCUACGCAAAACGUUUUAAAAUGUUCUUUUACUAUAGAACUAAACUGCCUUUAUCGAUAAACUUUGAGUUCGAAAAAAAAUGAUUCCAAAUUCUCCCAUGAAAAUAACUUUGCUUAGUAUAAUAAAAAGUGUACUCAAUAAAGAAACACUGAAAUAAUACGCUGUCUUGUUUCAUAUUUAUACACAACGAUCGGCUUUUAAAGUAAUUACAGUAGGUAUGUUAUUAUACGUAUAAUGUAAGCUUCAAUUUAAGGUAAAAUUAAACGACAAACUCUUCGCAAAACGUUUGAAAGUGUUCUUUUGAUAUAGAACUAAACUGCCUUUAUCGAUAAACUUUGAGUUCGAAAUAAAAUGAUUCCAAAUUCUCCCAUGUUAAAAUAACUUUGCUUAGUAUAAUAGAAAGUGUAAUCAAUAAAGAAACACUGAAAUAAUACGCUGUUUUGUUUCAUAUUUUAUAUACGCAACGAUCGGCUAUUAAAGUAAUUACAGCCGAGAUUACAGUAUAUUAAAAGCAAACAAUGCAUCAAUAUUUAAAACAAACUUACCUUCGUUAACGUCGGCACCUUUACUUCCUUCUUUUAGCAAUCCUCUUGCCUUUAUUUCAUCAAAAAUCCUUUGCAAUUUACAAAAUCUUGCAAAAUGAAAUAUAUUUGCAAGAAAUCAUCAAAUCAAUUUCGCUGUCGUCAAUCGUCAUGCAGCCGUUAUAAUGCCAAUUUUAAAUUGGACCAAUCAGUGUUGGCUAUUCAUUACAGUCCGCUAUAUUAUGAGAUCAGUGAGGAUGACCACCCACCGAAACACGCACAGUGACCCACGCCCGCGAUAUUUGAUGAACUUUAGACUUCGCUAAUGCUUCCCUUCCCCGGGUGUAAAUAGCCGGGGGGAAUUAGUACCCUCGCACGGCGCUUCGCGCCGUCGGCUCGGGGACAAUAUUUCAUCAAAACAAGUCGUUGUCUUGAAACCCACACGAGAAAUUCCCGAGUCUUCGUUAUUUUAUUGUGAUCAAAAUAUUCAAUCCGGUAUCCGACAUUUUGUAUUGUAUUGGUUAGACAAUUCGAUAUGUAAAGUGAUCCGGGUAUUGGGAGUAACUGCAUGCAUGGGGUCAUAUAAAACAUUCUUGCGACGACUUAAUCUAUAACCAUCGUAGGGUGACUGGCGUUGUCAUUUUAUUACUGAACCGUUACUGGAAAACGCGACACAAAUAUAAAGACUGCAAAUUUAGGAAAUGUUUGAAAAAGGUGCUAAAAAGUUUUUCAUGUUUUUGAUUAUUCUAUGUAGAUGUGGAUGAGUGUUCCCGAGGAUUGGACACCUGUCGAAGUAAUUCUCAAUGUGUUAAUACUAUUGGCACUUUUUUGUGCAAUUGUAAUCCUGGUUAUACCGGAUAUGGUGUAAAUUGCUAUGGUGAGUAG